AGUUGCUGUAGCACUCUCUUCAAAUUUAGAAACGCUGCAUUCACGCAACUAUUAGCUACAUCAAGGGCAAUUUAAUCCGCCGAAGGAAAUAUAUUUAGGAGAGAAGUAGUGAACCACAGAAAUGUGCAUUCGCUAAUUUCCAAGCGCAUCCCCAGUUUGAUGCGUUCGCACGUCAAUACUAUUCUUGUCCAGCAAACGGUAUUCCGGGUGGAGACUGAAGUGCCUCGAUGCUGCUCAAUAGUCAAAACCCGACAAUAUUUACAAAGACUUCAGAAAUUUGUAUUUUUCUUUCUGAGUAUGGCAUGGUCUUCCAGGGAACUAGGGACGACUAAGCUAUGAAGCUCUUCCCUUCCAAACCUUCCCUGCUCUCCUUCUCCAGUUACUGUCACUUCAUGAGCCUUACCCACUGCUGCUCUCACAACCAUCAUCUCUGCCCAGCCUGGUACUAACAGCUUGGCUGAGACUCACUUCAACACAAAGAAGAAAAAAAAGAGAGAGCGAGAGAAGAGAAGAAAACCCUCCCCAGCUGCCAUCUAGACACACAUGGUGCAUAGCUGCCAUUCCCCAGGCUCCCUCCAUCCCCGCGGCCUGACCUCUAGCUAGCUCCUCGCACCCAUCACACAGCCUAGCCCACGGCCUGCCCAAGGGAUAUAAAUAGGCUACAGCCGUCCAGUGUGUGGAGCCUGCUCUUGUGUUGCCUUUUUUUUCCAGGGCACACACGCCCGGUGGGGGUCACACCCAUUUGUUUUCGGUCUUCCACUGCCUGGAUCAGUGGGAGCUAGUGGUGGGACCGAAGAGGGAGAGGCCGAGACCAUGGAGGAAAAUAUGGAGUACUGUCUGGCCCAGGUGGUGCAGAAAGACCUGGGGAGGAAAGUGCAGGUGGGACAGGAGCUCAUAGAUUACAUCCUGGAUAAGGACAGGUCCCAGGAUCUGGAGCAAGACCAGACAGGUCUGGACAGGAUGGUGGACAGCAUCGCUACCACCUGGGUCAACUGUUCCAACUUCAAGGUGGCUUUGCUUGGAAUAGACCUUUUAUCUGCCCUAGUGACAAGGUUACAGGACCGAUUUAGGAACCAUGUGGGAACAGUACUGCCCAGUCUGAUAGAUCGUCUGGGGGAUUCCAAAGACCAAGUCAGAGACCAAGAUCAAAUCUUGCUGCUGAAGAUCAUGGAGCAGGCUGCUACCCCACAGUACGUGUGGGACAGAAUGCUGGGAGGCUUCAAACACAAGAACAACAGGACCAGAGAGGGAGUGUGCCUUUGUCUCAUCUCAACGCUCAAAAUGUACGGAGCCCAAGGCUUAACCCUCAGUAAAAUAGUCCCUCACAUAUGUAAUCUACUAGGAGAUCCCACCAGUCAGGUGAGAGACGGAGCUAUGGGCUGCCUGGUGGAGAUCUACAGACAUGUGGGGGAGAGGGUGAGGAUGGACCUCAGCAAGAAGGGCCUACCACAGUCACGGUUGAAUGUAAUCUUCAGUAGAUUUGAUGAAGUCCAAAGAUCUGGGAACAUGAUCCCAUCCUCAGCUUCAGAUAAGAACUUUGAUGAUGAGGACUCUGUGGAUGGGGGCCGGUCCUGCUCCUCCGCAUCGUCCUCCAAAGCGCCCCCCAGUGGGAGGAGGACUGUAGCUGCAGCUUCUGUCCGCAGGCCCAGCUCUGCCACCGGACCCGGCAAGAUCUCUGCUAAAGAUGCUGCUGCAGGAGCAGUAGAUGAGGAGGACUUCAUCAAGGCUUUUGAAGAGGUUCCUACUAUCCAGAUCCACUCCAACAGAGAGAUGGAGGACAACCUCUCCAAGGUCCGGGAGGUUCUGUCUGACGACAAAAACGACUGGGAGCACCGAGUCAUCGCUCUGAAGAAGGUGCGUUCUCUGCUCCUGGCUGGAGCUAUGGAGUAUGAUAGUUUCCCUCAGCAGCUCCGUCUGCUGGAGGCCCCUCUGAAGCUGUCGGCUAAAGACCUGAGGUCCCAGGUGGUACGAGAGGCCUGCAUCACACUGGGAUACCUGUCCACACUAAUGGGCAACAAGUUUGACCACUGUGCAGAGAUCCUGAUGCCCACACUGCUCAACCUGGUGCCCAACAGUGCCAAGGUGAUGGCUACGUCUGGCAUGGCAGCCAUACGUCUCAUCCUCAGGCAUACACACUACUCACGUCUCAUCCCAAUCAUCACUAGUAACUGCACGUCCAAAUCAGUGGCCGUCAGACGGCGCAGUUAUGAGUUCUUAGAGCUGUUAUUACUGGAGUGGCAGACACACACACUGGAGAGGCAUGUGGCUAUUCUGACGGAGACCAUCAGGAAAGGGAUCCAUGAUGCCGACUCAGAGGCCAGGUCCGUGGCCAGAAAGUGUUAUUGGGGUUUCCAUGGCCACUACAGCCGGGAAGCGGAGCAUCUUUUCCAGGCCCUGGAGUCGACCUAUCAGAAGGCUCUCCAGUCUCACCUGAAAAGUUCUGACAGUGUCGUGUCCCUCCCCCAAUCAGACCGCUCAUCCUCCUCCUCUCAGGAGAGCCUCAACCGGCCCCUGUCUGUCAAGAGUGUCAUAGGAGGCGGCAUGACAAGGGGGAAGAUGGUGAGUUCCAGGGUGAACUCUAACCCCGGCGGUUCUCUCCAGCGUUCCCGUAGUGACAUCGAUGUGAACGCUGCGGCCAGCGCCAAAUCCUGUCUGGUCACCGUGCCCUCCGCUUCUCCCUUCAGCUCAGCCGCUGCUCUGCCCCCAGGCUCCUACGCCUCUCUAGGUCGUGUGCGUACGAGGAGGACAAGCGCUGGCAGUGCCGUCGGAGCCAGCGCUACUGUGACUGACAGCAGGGGGCGCAGCCGAGCCAAAAUGGUAUCCCAGUCCCAGCCUGGCAGUCGCUCCAGUUCCCCUGGAAAGCUUCUGGGCCACUCGUCUGGGUACGGGAGGAUCAGCAGGCCCCCCUCAGCCUCCAGCACCCCUGCAGACAAGAGGAGCAAGGUCCCCCGCAGCCAGGGCUGCAGUAGAGAUUCCUCUCCCAGCCGACUGGGACUAGCGAGGAGCCGUAUCCCCCGGCCCAGCAUGAGUCAGGGCUGCAGCAGGGAAACCUCUAGGGAAAGCAGCCGAGACACCAGCCCUGCUCGGGGCUUCAAGCCUCUUGCCUCCCGACGUACUUCCCGCUCUACCAGCGCCCUAUCCACGGCUGACCCCCACGGCCAGUCAGAUCGGUUUGGCUUGAUUCACCAGGACCGUAUCUCUGCCUCAGUAAAUGCCAUGAGAGUCCUCAACACUGGCACUGAGGUGGAGGCUGCUGUGGCUGAUGCACUGCUAUUAGGAGACUCCAGAAAUAAGAGGAAGCCUAUGAGGCGGCGGUAUGAGUCUCCGGGUAUCUAUUCUGACGACGAUGCUAACAGCGAUGCGUCCAGCGCAUGCUCAGAGCGCUCAUACGGGUCCAGGAACGGAGGUAUCCCUCACUAUCUGCGUCAAACGGAGGAUGUGGCGGAGGUGCUAAACCACUGUGCCAGCUCCAACUGGUCAGAGAGGAAGGAGGGGCUGCUGGGUCUGCAGAACCUACUCAAGAACCAAAGAAUACUCAGCCGAGUGGAGCUGAAGAGACUAUGUGAGAUCUUCAGCAGGAUGUUUGCAGAUCCACACAGCAAGAGAGUGUUUAGUAUGUUUCUGGAGACUCUGUUGGACUUUAUCUUGGUGCACAGAGAAGACCUGCAGGACUGGCUGUUUGUCCUGCUCACCCAGCUACUGAAGAAGAUGGGAGCUGACCUGCUGGGGUCUGUCCAGGCCAAGGUCCAGAAGGCUCUGGACAUCACCAGGGAGUCUUUUCCGUUUGAUCACCAGUUCAACAUCCUGAUGAGGUUCAUUGUUGACCAGACACAGACACCCAACCUCAAGGUGAAGGUGGCCAUUCUGAAGUACAUAGAAUCACUGGCAAGACAGAUGGAUCCUACAGACUUUGUCAACUCCAGUGAAACUCGACUGGCUGUAUCUCGCAUCAUUACCUGGACCACAGAGCCCAAGAGCUCCGACGUCAGGAAGGCGGCCCAGGUUGUGCUGAUCUCUCUGUUUGAGCUGAACACCCCAGAGUUCACCAUGCUGCUGGGAGCCCUGCCCAAGACCUUCCAGGACGGGGCCACCAAGCUGCUCCAGAACCACCUGAAGAACUCCAGCAACACCAGCAGCGUGAGUUCUCCCAGCAACACUAUUGGGCGGACCCCAAGCCGGCACCCCCCAAGCCGGACCAGCCCUCUCACUUCCCCGACCAACUGCUCCCAUGGGGGGCUAUCUCCCAGUAUGUUGGAGUAUGACACAGAGAACAUGAACUCUGAUGAGAUCUACAGCUCCCUGCGAGGGGUCACAGAGGCCAUCCAGAGCUUCAGCUACCACAGCCAGGAGGACCUCAACGAGUUGAGAGGGAAGAGGGACGAUGCUGCGGGACGGGAAGGUGUGGCGCCCUCUCCAGGCUCUGAUGCCCAUCUGGGGCUGGAUGUGGUGGAGGGUGGGCGUACGGCCCUGGAUAACAAGACCUCCCUUCUCAACACCCCGUCCCCCCGCUCCUUCUCUGGGCCGCGAGCCAGGGAGUUCGCCCCCUACGGAUACGGAGACACCAUCACCUCAUCCUACGACAAGAGCGCCCUGAAGGAGGCCGUGUUUGAUGACGACGUGGAGCAGUUUAGAGACUGCCGUCGGCAGGACAGCAGUGGUGAAAACAAGAUGGUGCUGUCUAAGGGCUUUGCUCCAGGUUCCCAGGACCACUCGGACCUAGUUGCAGACCUGCUGAAGGAACUGUCUAAUCACAAUGAACGCGUGGAGGAGCGUAAAGGGGCGUUGGUGGAGCUCCUGAAGAUCACCCGGGAGGACAGCCUGGCCGUGUGGGACGAACACUUCAAGACCAUCCUCCUACUGCUCCUGGAGACACUGGGGGAUAAAGACUACACUAUCCGGGCCCUGGCGCUGAGGGUACUGAAGGAGAUACUGCGGAACCAGCCGGCCCGCUUCAAGAACUACGCUGAACUCACCAUCAUGAAGACCCUAGAGGCACACAAAGACUCCCACAAGGAGGUGGUAAGAGCAGCGGAGGAGUCUGCCUCCACCCUGGCCGGCUCCAUCCACCCAGAGCAGUGUAUCAAGGUGCUGUGUCCCAUCGUCCAGACGGCUGACUACCCCAUCAACCUGGCUGCCAUCAAAAUGCAGACCAAGGUGAUAGAACGCAUCACCAAGGAGUCCCUGCACCAGCUGUUGCCUGACAUCAUACCAGGACUACUGCAGGGCUAUGACAACACAGAGAGUAGUGUUCGCAAGGCCAGCGUGUUCUGUCUGGUGGCCAUCUACUCUGUGAUUGGAGAAGAGCUCAAACCACACCUGCAGCUACUCACGGGCAGCAAGAUGAAGCUGCUGAACUUGUACAUCAAGAGGGCUCAGACAACCAACAGCAACAGCAGCAGUUCCUCGGAUGUCUCUUCACACAGCUAGCUGUAGGAGCAGAGGGAGAGAAACACAGAUCCGUCUGCCUGUACUGUGCAUCUGAAUUAGGGGGAAAAGGUUGCUUCCCAAAUUGGCAUCCUUUUCCCUAUAUAGUGCACUACUGUUGGGCUCUGGUCAGAAGUAGUUCCCUAUACAGGGAAUAGGGUGCCAUUUGGGACAGAUCCAUAGUCGUGCCUCUUCCAGACCUUUCCAUUCCUUUUAUUUUCCUCUCUCCUUCACCCCACUGGACUCCUCUGGGUGACCCUAUGACCUGCUCAUCACUUCAACCACCGCUUCACUUACUUUGCUCUUUCCCCCACCCCAUGGAACAUGUACAUUCAUUUGUCUCAUCUCGUCGUCGUCGUCGUCGUCCCCCCCCCCCCCCCCCCCCCCCCGCUGUUAUAACACAUCACUAGCAAUGUGUUGUAAGGUAAAGAUCAGAUAUUCAUUAUGUUGAGCAUUCAGAGUGUAGGGGUGGAAACGUAACCAAGGGUUAUGAAAUGGUCCAAUAAGAAUGGUACGUAUGGUCCAAUACCAAAUAAUACCCUGAUAUUGAUUCAGCAAACACAAAACAUCCCUUCAAAUGCAAUUGGAUGAGUAAACACAGCCUGAAAUGUCACAGUAGAAUAGGUUCUUCACGUUUAACCAGGAAGUCCCAUUGAGGUCGGAAGACCUUAUUCCUAAGGGGGACCACAUGACAGUUGGUUUGUGAUAAAGAAUCAUAUGGCUGGCCCAGUGAGGAUACAAAGCCCUUAUAAACAGUUUAGGAACAAUGAAAACCAAAUAUGUCAGCCAUUGAAGUAGAAUUAGUAGAUUGUUUUUCUUUAUUAACUGAGGUAUGGUGUUAUACAAUCCUAUAAAAAGUGUAAGAAGGAAACAUUUUAAUAAAAAAAUGUUACAUAUGUCAAUCAUUAUAAAGACUAACUUAAGCCCAGGUAAACUAACACUAUCUUUUAUUGUUAGUAUCCAUUAGUUUGGGAGAAAUUAUGACGCAAACAUUAUCAGAGGCCAACUUCCAGCUAAUAGCUUGGCUAUAUCAUGAGAAAAAAUAGAAGUACUGUGUUAAAUAAAUGGUGACCUUCAUUUUUUCAACCAAAAAUUGGCAAUCUAAAAUUGAAGCUGUUCAAAAUAAGGAGAGCGGUAAAGAUGCAACAGUGUCUGAAGUUAGAAAAUCUGUCUUUCCAACUCACAAUCAAUUAUUGUUGUGGUUACCUCCAUUUCCAUUGUCAAAUAAAAACAAAUAUGAAGGGAAGAAAAUACACCAAGACAUUACAUUUCUUUACAUUCCCUGAAUCAAUCAAGUGAAAUUGAAGGGAUCACUUCCAACUCAUAGAAUUAGAAUGAGUGUUCUCAACCUACUCAAUGUCCAUGUUGCUAAUGAUGUCACACUGAAUGUGUGUGCCAUUAUCAGUCAUGACAACAAACUUGUCAGUGAAAACACUAAACAAAUCCAAAGUGUCACGUUUAUUUAUUCCCACCCUCUUCCCACCUGUGUUGCCAGAUUAUGGCAUUGAUGCUGCUGUUUAUAACGUAUACCUGUCUGAUGAUGAGUAACAACCCUACACUUGUUGAUAAUGCGAAUAUUACAGGCUCAGUUUUGGAAGGAGAUCAGUGGAUUCAUUGAGACAGACUCCUAGUCCUGGAUUAAAAACUAUUCUCAAUGGAGAAUAUCUAUUAAAAGUGUGUUUUAGUCCUAGUCUUAAUAUGCGUCCAGGAAACCGUCCCAACUAGGUUUAUGUUCAUUUUCCACAGUAAUGUUUGGAUCACUUCUACUGUUGAAAAACAGGAUAGAUGUACAUACAGAAGCUCUCAGCUCUUAAAAAUGUGAAACCAUUACUCCAGGAACUACAAUAAACUGGCUUGCAAACCGAUACAAUAAUAUUCACGAUGAUGCAAAAAUGAGUUGUUUAUAAUAAUACAGUAUUACACCCAUCUUCUCAUCACCUUCCUUUCACGUAACUACAGCUUUUGCAAUAAAGAAAAUACCAUGAUGAGCAAACUUAAGUAUUUUGUACAUAACUCUUGAUCAAUCACCACUUCGCAACUUUCAUGUAAUGAAAUAAAAAGGUUGGCUAUCUCACUUUUUUUGCACGUUAGCGAAUUAGCUUGCAUGUUUUUGGGCAGCACAUCCACUUGUUGCUGCCUUUAAUCGAUGGGUCCUGUUUUCUCUGUUGAAGUGCACUUGUAACCACAUCAGUUUGGUCAGCCUUUACAACAACAGGUAGCCACCUGGCAGGAAUACACUCACUGAGUUCUGUGAGUUGUCCAGAACUACGAAGACUGUCUGCCCUAGACAACUGUGUACACUGUACAGGACCUAACCGUCUCAAGAUGCCAAGCAGACAUGUACAGUACUGGGUCUCCUUUAGUACAGUACUACAUAUUUGGGCAUGUGGCUUUAUAAAGGUACACUGUGUGUGCGUGCCUUGUUACUAUAGCAAAGUAUGUGGCAUCUAUUUCCAUCUGUUGAACAGUUUAAAAAAUGACACUAAUUGUUUGCUUUGUUUGUUUUUAAAUGGGGCCAUCAUCCCUUUGUAAGUAUGUUCAUUUAAUUUGAUUGUGUGUUAGGGAGAAGCCAAUUGUUUUGUUAAAGACAGAAAGUACUGUAUUGGCUGAUGACCCAUGAAGAUCUGGAUCAUUAUCUGCAGGUGAUGAUGGUCCCUAAGAGAAGCUAAUCCUAGCAAUCUGUUCACUUUGCAUGUUAUUGUGUUUGUUUCUAUUGUUUUGUCAUUUAAGAUUCAUAUCUGUAUUUAUGAUAGUUUUAUUUUAGUUGUAGUUUUUCAUGACAACUUGUACAAAAGGGUUUUGUUCAAAUCCACCUGUGAUAGAUGAUUUGCCUCAAUGUACAUUUGUUUGCUUUAGAAAUAAACAAACAUUCAAGUUGA